AUUUGUUAACUUAUUAAAUACGGUACUGUAAAAUGCAACAGUAAUGUCUUUAUAGAAGAAAAAAAAUCAUGGAUUGACUGAAAGAUAAUAGUGUACUGUCAGGAUGAGUGGGUAGAAUAUCUACAAACAUUUCCGUAUGAUAUUUUAUAUCCGUUUCCUUAUCAUAAUUAUAAUUUUAAAAAGUAAUUGCAGUAAGCUAUUCAUCUUCAGAAAUUUUUAUGGCUCAGUAAUAUACAAAAAUAGAAAUAAGAAACGUCCAGAGUAACAACUUAGAGCACCUACAGUUCUGGUGAAUAGCGGCUUGAUUUUACUGCAAAGGGCUGUACUAAAUAAAAUCCGUAUAGAGUGGUACAGUAGAAUUAUACUAACUAAACUCCUCUAAGCACAGAGAAAUAAAACGAAUGUAUGAGUAAGAAGGAGAUAAGAGAAAGUGAGAUGAACGAGAGCUCGCAGACCUCUCGCUUUAAGUUCAUUCUUUAGGUUCGUGCUCACAAUCCCUCGGCUAUACGCGCUACGCCUUCAGUUUCUGUCAGAAGUAACAUCAAGUUUUUAAAUAGUUUAUGCAUACAUAUGUAUUUAAAUUUAGUUGAAAAUAUAUAUUUGGUUUUUUUUUUCUUCAAGUUAUAUACCUCAGUGAUGUUUUAAUUACUUAAUCAUCUCUCAAGCAUCUUUUAAAGUUACAUUGUCUUAUACAGUUUACUUACUUUCUAAGAAUCUAAGAUUUUUAUUCUCAAUAUAUAUUUACGUUUACAGAUAAACCAAAAUCAUUUUAAUGGAUCGUAAACGAUAAACAGACUAUCUAUUACUUGGAAGUAAAACAUAUAGGGAAGAAAAGCAAAAGCGUGGGAGCAUAAGUUCAGUAGUUUAGAAUCAGUGAGAUAUUAUAUCCGCUACUGAGUAGUUGGACAAAAUUUAUUCGUAGAAGAAUGAAGUUUCCUUCGUUAUGGACAAGUUUUAUAACUGUUAUUUGCAUAUUUGUUGGAAUUCUUGGUGAUCCAGGUCCUGCUGAAGAUUUUUAUCACCGGACUCCAUUUAACCGCGAUGAAAUAAAAUGUUACGAUGAUUUUGGAAAAGCUCAGAGAUGUAUUCCACCUUUUGAAAAUGCGGCUUUUAAUAUUUUAAUGGAAGCAACAAACACGUGUGGUCAAGAAAGUAGACCUACGGAGUUUUGUAAGCAAACAGGAGUACAUAAAAAGUCCUGUGAAAUUUGUCGAUGGGGUGAUCAUCCAGCAGCUUAUCUUACUGAUCAUGAUAAUAAUGAUAAUGCUACGUGGUGGCAAUCAGAAACUAUGUAUGAAGGAAUCGAAUAUCCUAAUCAAGUUAAUUUGACUUUAAAACUUGGUAAAACUUUUGACAUCAUAUACGUACGGGUAUUAUUUGAAUCACCAAGACCGGAGAGUUGGGGAAUCUAUAGAAGAAAAAAUGAUAAAUCAGAUUGGGAACCAUAUCAAUUUUACUCAGCAACUUGUAGAGAUACUUACGGACUUCCUGAUGUCAAAGAAACUAUUCGGGGAGAAGAUACUCGAGUUCUGUGUAAUUCUGAAUAUUCAGAUAUUUCUCCAUUAACUAAAGGAACUGUUGCUUUUUCAACUUUGGAAGGAAGACCCUCAGCUUAUCAGUUUGAUACCAAUGCAGCACUUCAAGAAUGGGUACAAGCAACCGACCUCAGGAUAACACUUGAUCGUUUAAAUACUUUUGGAGAUGAAGUGUUUGGUGAUGAUCAAGUACUUAAAUCUUAUUAUUAUGCAAUCACUGAUAUCGCUGUAGGCGCUCGUUGUGCUUGUAAUGGCCAUGCUGGAGAAUGUAUUAAUUCUAGUAAUGCUAAUGGAUCAACGAGCCGCAGAAUUUGUCGAUGCGAACACAAUACAGCAGGUCCAGAUUGUAACGAGUGCCUACCAUUUUAUAACGACGCUCCUUGGGGACGUGCAACACUGAAUGACGCUCACGAAUGUAAAGCUUGCAAUUGUAAUGGAUAUUCAGACAAAUGUUAUUUUGACAAGGACCUUUACGCACAAACUGGUCAUGGAGGACAUUGUAUUGAAUGUAAAGCUAACCGUGCUGGACCUAAUUGUGAAAAAUGUAAAGAAAAUUAUUAUCAACGUGCUGAAGACGGCUAUUGCGUAGCUUGUAACUGUAAUGACAUAGGGUCAAGAAGUCUUCAAUGUAACAGCGAGGGUAAAUGUCAAUGUAAACCAGGAAUUACUGGUGAUAAAUGUGAUCGCUGUUCUCCAAACUUUUAUAAUUUUGAUUCAAUUGGAUGUACUUCUUGCGACUGCAGUGAAAAAGGGUCAUUGGGUAAUGAACCAAGUUGUGAUUCUGUUUCUGGUACUUGUUCAUGUAAGGAAAACGUUGAGGGUAAACGCUGUAGAGAGUGUCGUCCAGGAUUUUUCAACUUGGCUUUAGAGAAUGAAUUUGGUUGUACCCCUUGUUUCUGUUACGGACAUUCAUCAAUUUGUCGACCAGCUAAUGGUUAUUCAAAAGUUGUUAUUGAAAGUAUGUUCGUACGAGGUAAUGAACGAUGGUCGGCAAACGUUGUCGGUAAUAAUAUUUCUUUGCAUUAUGACGCUGUUACACAAACGAUAUCAGUAGCGGCUCCAGAUCGUGACAAUGUUUAUUUUGUUGCGCCUGAUAGAUUUUUAGGAGAUCAACGAGCCUCUUACAAUCAAUAUUUAUACUUUAAUUUGAGAAUUGGCGAAACAGAUCCUACACCAACAGCUCGCGAUAUUAUAUUAGAAGGAGGCAAUGGUGAACAAAUAACUCAACCAAUAUUUGGUCAAAAUAAUCGUUUACCUACAGUCACUCCUCAAGGUUAUAAAUUCAAACUUCAUGAACACGCCAAUUACGGUUGGCAACCACGUCUGUCAGCUCGUGCUUUUAUGUCAAUUUUAUCAAAUCUUACAUCAAUAAAAAUUCGUGGAACUUAUACUCAUCAAGGUCGAGGAUUUUUAGAUGAUGUUGGUCUUGAAACAGCACAAAGAGGAGCAGCGGGUGAACCUGCUGAUUGGGUUGAACAUUGUCAGUGCCCACAUGGUUAUGUAGGACAAUUUUGUGAGUCUUGUGCUCCUGGAUUUCAUCAUGAUCCACCUAGUGGUGGCCCAUUUGCUCAUUGUGUUCCCUGUAAUUGCAAUGGGCAUGCUGAUAUUUGUGAAGCAGAAACUGGACAAUGUAUUUGUCAGCAUAAUACCGCAGGAAGCAAUUGUGAGUUAUGCGCUCGAGGAUUUUACGGAUAUCCAUUGAAAGGAACACCAGAUGAUUGUCAAGCAUGCCCAUGUCCUGACAAUGGACCAUGUAUUCUUUUGGGUAAUAACCCUGAUCCUAUUUGUUCAGAAUGUCCAAUAGGUCGUACAGGUGCUAGAUGUGAAACUUGCUCUGAUGGUUAUUUCGGUAAUCCUGAUAAAGGAAUAUCAUGUCGUCUUUGCGAAUGUAAUAACAAUAUUGAUCUAAAUGCUGUAAGAAAUUGUAAUCAAGAAACGGGAGAGUGUCUGAAAUGUGUAAAUAAUACUGCUGGUUUUCAUUGUGAAGACUGUCUUCCUGGAUACUGGGGUGACGCAUUAUCGGAUAGAAAGGAAGAUAGUUGUAAGCUAUGUCAAUGUUAUCCACCUGGAACAUUAGAAACAGACGUUGGAGGUAUCGAGCCCUGUAAUCAGCUAACAGGUUAUUGUUCAUGCAAGCCGCAUGUUACAGGAAAAAAUUGUGAUAAAUGUGAAGAUGGAUAUUAUGAUAUUUUAAGUGGAGAAGGAUGUACUGCAUGUAAUUGUGAUCCUGAAGGAUCAUAUAAUCGAACAUGCGACGCUCUUACUGGACAAUGUCAAUGUAGACCUGGAGUAACUGGAAAACGUUGUGAUGCUUGUCAGCCCUAUCAGUAUGGAUUUGGUCGUGAAGGCUGUAAACUCUGUGAUUGUGAUCAUAUUGGAUCACAAGAUUUACAGUGUGAUGCUUACGGACAGUGUCCAUGUUUAACAAAUGUUGAGGGAAGACGUUGCGAUCGUUGUAAAGAAAAUAAAUAUAAUAGACAGUAUGGAUGUAUUGAUUGUCCACCGUGUUAUAAUCUUAUUCAGGAUGCUGUCAACUUGCAUCGAAGCCGUUUAGCGGACCUUGAAAAUACUUUAAAAAAAAUCAAUAGCAGCCCAACUGUCAUAAAAGAUUCAGAUUUUGAAAAAGAAUUAAAUAAUGUUGAAAACCGAGUAAGACAGCUUUUACAAAUGGCUAAAACUGGAUCUGGAAGUGAAAAUAAAACAUUAGUUGAACAACUUGAUGAUUUACGUGAUCAAUUAAAUCAAAUAGAAAAAAUUUCGCAGAGUGUUGAUGUUACGGCUCAAGAUGCUAAACGUAAAACUAAUGAAGGUCUUACGAGUAUUGAAGAAGCUGAAAGUGUAUUAGAUAAAAUUCAUGAACAGCUAACUGAAGCUGAAGAUUAUUUAGCAACUGAUGGAGCUACGGCUUUAUCUGAUGCUAAAAAACGUGCUGAACAAGUUGGUCAGCAAAAUCAACAAAUGACUGAAAUAGCACAAGAAGCUCGUAUUUUAGCUGACUUAAAUAUUAAAGAAGCUAAAAAAAUACAUUUGUUAUCUGAACAAGCUAAAAAUACAUCAUUGGAAGCUUAUAAUUUAGCUAAAAAAACAAUAACUAAAUAUUCAAAUAUAAGUGAAGAAAUUCGAGAAUUAGAAAACAAAUUAGAAUUACUCACGGAUCGAUUUAAUGAAGUCAAAAAUUUAACUUCCACUGCUAUUGCUAAAUCUAUAGCAGUUGAAGAUGAAGCACUUCAUUUAUUAAUUCUUGACCUUACUGUUCCGUCUAUAGAUAUACAAAAAUUACAAAAUCAAGUCGAGAGUGUUAAUAAUGAUGGAUCAAGUAUCAAAGAACGUGCACAAUUAUUAUUAGAAGAAAAUGAACAAAUAUUGAAAGAUUUAGAUGAAAAAAUAAGAAAAAGUGAGAUAUUGUUAGACAAAGCGCAAGAUCAACAAGCUGCUACAGCGGAAUUGUUGUCAGAUGUUGAUAAAGCUAAUGAAAAAGCUAAAGAUGCAUUGAAAAGAGGUAAUGAAACGUUAGUUGAAGCUAAAGAAACACUUAAAAAACUUGGUGAGUUUGAUGCGGAAGUUCAACGAGAGAAAAUGAAAGCCCAAGAAGCUUUGAAAAAUAUCAAUGAAAUCACUACUAUGGUUAAUGAAGCAAUUGAAAAAGCUGAUGAAACUCAAAUUAUUUUAAACGGCGCGGAAAAUAAUGCAGCUGGCGCUUGGAAUAUUACAGCAGAAGCUCAAAGAAAUGCUGAUGAUGCCGGUGAAAAUGCCCAAGGAAUAAGAACAGAAGCCAAUAGAACAAAAUCAGAAGCUUGGCGUUUAAGCAAUGAAGCUGAUAAACUUCAUACUCGGGUAGAAAUAACUGAUUCAAUUGCUAAGAAAUAUGAAAUACGUGUUGGUAAUGAUGUUAAUCUUACUAAUGAUGUUAAUCAUCAAGUUGGACAAGCACGAAACCGAGUGGUUCUUGCGACUCAAAAAGUUGACAAAGCUCUAACAGAAGUUUCUGAAAUAAUUAAUGAAUUGGAAAAUCUUCCGGAAAUAGAUGAUGCUGAUUUAGAUCGUCUUGAAGAACGUUUGAUUGCAGCGGAAAAAGAAAUUAGAGCUACUAAUUUAGAUGAAAGAAUUCGUGCAUUAACAGAUGCUAAAAAUUUACAAACCCAGUGGGUUAAAAAUUACGAAGACGAAGUUAAUCGUUUACGGAUUGAAGUUGAAAAUAUUGAUGAUAUUCGAAAAGCAUUACCAACUUCUUGCUACAAACGGGUUCGUCUUGAACCAUAAUUACAUAAAAGUGCCCUAUUGUGCCAUUAAUUACUUAAUUUUAUUUAAUAACAUGACUGCCUUGAUGUUAAAAAAAUAAAGAUGAGUAACAAUUGAUAACAAAUUGAGCUUAAUAUAACUAUUUUUAA